AUGCAAAAUUUGUUUGGUCAACCUUCUCAAACUCGAGAAACUGCUUCUGGUCUGCAAGAACUUUUGUACACCACAAGAGAAUGCUACCUCGCUCUUGAGAAUAUGGACGUUCCGGUGUCUACCUGGGACACAGUCUUGAUUUGGUUCAUUGUCCAGAAGCUCCCCAGCACAACUCAAAAACUGUGGGAAGAGAAGUUAGGGAAUCGAAAAGAGUUGCCAAAAUUUAAAGAACUUACCGAGUUUUUGGAGACACGUUUCCGGACUCUUGAGGUUGUGGGCCAACAGGAACUUGGUGCAGCAGGCAGAAACAAGAACGAGCAACCCGUCAACAGCAAGCCGCGUUUCCAGCCUGCGAAAUCGAAGAGUUUCCUUGUGAAACAAUCAGCCAAGCAGCCUUCCAAGCCAGUACCGAAGACGAACACUGUAGAGCAGUUGGUAUGUAAGCUAUGCAACCAGGAGAAGCACUCGUUGAAGAGAUGUCAGCAGUUCCUGAAUAUGGACAAUGUGCGACGAAGAGAUGUCGUUCGUAGGUUAAAGCUCUGCGAAAAUUGCCUUUCUUAUAGACACUCUCUCCACGAAUGUCCCAGUUCCAGCUCCUGCCAUUUCUGUCAACAACGACACAACACAUUGCUGCAUACUAAUCAGCCGAGUUCCAGCACACACACACCACAACAACAACCACAGCCUGCAGCUACUUCAGCUAAGGCUAAUAUACCCAGUUCGAACGCGUUAUACUCGUCCGUAAAUCCGAAUGCGCCUGAGUUCCAGCCAAUGGGUCAACAACAACAACAAAGUUUUAACUACCACACGUCGCAUGGUGAUCGUUUUACAACACAUCAGGUGCUUCUAGCGACAGCAGUUGUUAAGGCCCGAAGUGCAGAUGGCCGGCUACGCCUUUUACGUGCUCUGAUCGAUACUGGGUCAGAAAGAUCUUUCAUCACAGAAGCUGCUGCACAACUGCUGAAGCUAGAAAAGCGGCGUACCAUGGUCGAGGCAUUAGUCUUCAAGUCGCUGACUGGCCAUCUCCCGACCCAACGCGUGAUACCUGGCCAAUGGAACCAUCUCGAUGGUCUCUCGUUAGUAGAUCCCCAUCUCUACGAGCCUGCUCCCAUUGACUUACUACUGGGAAGCGAUGUUUGUGCCCAAAUAUUUUUACCCGAAAUAAAACGGCCUCUAGAUGGUAUCGGUCCGAUCGCGCAAAAUACGCAAUUAGGGUGGAUCGUGUUAGGGAAAGUUCCAGCGGAAAUUCCCCGGCAAGUGCGCAGCUUUCUUCAAAUUGCCGAAUUAUGCACACAGAUGGAGAAGUUUUGUGAGAUGGAAGAAAUGCCGUUCCAGACACAUGAAACCCUUGACAACAUUGCUUGCGAUGAGCAUUUUUCACAACACACUAGGCGUUUACCUGACGGGCGUUAUGAAGUGAAGCUGCCGUUCAAAGGUGAAAGUCUUCCAGCGAUGGGUUCCAGCCGACAAGGCGCUCUUCGACGAUUACAACAUCUCGAAAAGAAACUCGAUGCCGAUCCAAGACUUUGUGCGGAUUACACAAAGUGUAUUAAGGAGUACGAAGACCUGAACCAUAUGGAAGAAAUAGAUCCAAAUGACCCGGUUUUAGCAACACCUUAUCACUAUUUCUUGCCACAUCAUGCGGUAUUUAAGGAAGCUAGCUCCACUACAAAGCUGAGAGUAGUGUUUGACGCAGCUUCAAAAGCUUCGGAUGGGAAAUCCCUCAACGACCGUCUUCUGGUGGGUCCAAAAUUGCAGACUAGCAUCAUAGAUCUAGUUCUUAGAUGGCGGACUCACCGAGUCACAUUUACGGCCGACAUAGAGAAGAUGUAUCGGUAA